AUGUUGUCCCAACUUGCCCGACAACGAAAUGUUGUCUCUCAGCUUCGGCUUUUGAAAGGACGCUCUCUACUGCAAUCAUCGGCCAAAUUACGCCAUCAUUCCCAGACGAGUCGGAUCAACGCACUGCAAACUUCAGCAAAUAAUCAUUCUCCAGACACUCGCCGACGUAGGUCCUCUUUCCAGUCAAGCCGCAAUCUUGCCACCGCCGCCGACCCCGUACUGGACCACCAAUCCCUCUCUUCCGAUCUACACGCAGAGCAGCAAUGGAGCUCUCUGUUCCCUUCUAUCCCCGAGACCUUCGAUGCAUCGUCCCUUGUAAUUGUGGACGAUCAGUUACAGACAAGCCCAAGGGUCUUCAGGAAGAUCAGAGGUGUUGGCGGCGAUGAGGAUGAAAUGAUGUCCAACCUGGAUCUGUCGCUUAAGGUUGCCCAGUUCGACCGCGCUUCGAAUCUGAUUAAUCGACUACGGGAAUAUCACCCUAUCGGUUCUCCGGGUUAUCUUAACCUGCACAACAGGCUACUCCAGGCCAUGGUUACUCAUAUUGUUCACACCGGCGACAAAUCGCUGGUGCAGCAGAUGCAGAGAUGGUUUGAAGUGGACAUGCCUUAUGGUGGAGUUGAGGGAGAUGCGACGACCUACGCGAUCAUGAUUCGGAUGGCCUUACGUUCGUUUUACGGCCCCAAGCGGGAGCGAGCUGUUCGCCGGUAUUGGCAAUUCGCGAAACAAGCCCAUGUCGAAGAAGAAUUAUUAGCGGUGCCUGUUCUCGAAGAGCGUGAGCUCGGCGAACUCUCCCAGAUUUGCGCUGCCGAUCUCAGGCAAGUUGCUAUCGACAGCAUGGGUUUAUCGACUGGAGGUAUGACGACUGAGAAUGGGCCUGCGCCAACAGAGGCCAGACCAUUCGAGGAAGCGGCAGAAGUUAAACCCGUCCCACAGAAAGGACUUGGUCUUUCCUCUCUAAAGGAUUCAAUCGCGCUAUUCUCGAAUGACCCUCUCCCUAGAAAAGUUGGUGUCACGGAUAUUGAAAGCAAGGAGCUAUACCAGCAACGCCGGCAACAACAACUCGAAGCGGACGUCAUGCAGUCGGCCCUGCAUCGUUGGCGAAAAGAGAAUGAGACAAUCCAGCAGGCGAAGCCCGACGCUAAGAUAGGCGGAAAGCAUCUAUCACCGAUAAUUACUCGGUGGCAUGCGGAUCUUGUGUCUAGGAUUCAGGAGGAACUGAAUUUUAUUAAGGAAGCAGAGGCGAACCCCAUCGUCACUAACGAACAAAAAGAACGAUGCGAAUACGGCGUUUACCUGCGCACCCUUGAACCGGAAAAACUCGCAGCUUUGACGAUUCUGACGACCAUGGGUGUUCUCGUUCGCAAUGGGUUGGAAAAGGGGAUCAAGCUUGCGCCGCUUGCAGUCUCUCUCGGACAUGACUUUUACGAUGAGAUGAUGUCCGACAAGCUUCUGCAGGCCAAGAAAAGGUCUGAGAAUAAUCUACAGCGUUUUCAGAUGCUUAAGAAAAUGCUUUCUGGGCGCAAAGAGAAAGACAGCAGAAACAAGUGGAACCACCUGCUUCGGAACAUGGAGAAAGAAGAGCCUGACAUUGUCUGGUCAACAUCCCUCAGGGCGAAGCUUGGAGCUGUUUUGUUGAGUCUUCUUUACGAGGUUGCUAAGGUCCCUGUCGCUGGUGAAAUGGACAAGACGGCAAAGGAUCAGAAACGGAAGAUAACCAUGCAGCCCGGAUUCCAACAUUCGUACCAAAUCCACUGGGGCAGGCGUAGCGGUUAUAUCCAUGUUCACCCGGAGCUGGUCAAAGUCAUCACGAGGGAGCCGGUCUCAGAUUUGCUGGGUCGUCAUCUGCCCAUGAUCUCCAAACCGAGACAGUGGACAGGCUACAAAGACGGCGCUUAUUAUCUGCACCAGAAUCGCAUAGUCCGCACCACGCCAGGCGAGGCUUUGCAACCGACGUACGUGAAGGCGGCACUCGAGAACAACGGCCUGGAGAGUAUACGCCAGGGUCUGGACAUUCUCGGUGGCACAGGCUGGGUCAUCAACCGCGACGUUUUCAAUGUUAUGCUCGAGGCAUGGAAUGGUGGCAAACCUAUCGCUGAUCUCGCACCGGCCGAGCCAGAUUUGCCCUAUCCGCCAAAACCAUCACCCGAGGAGGGCUACGAAGCUGAGAAGAAGUGGAACAUCCUUGUGCGCGACAUUGAAAACCAAAGGAGUAGUUACCAUUCUCAGCGGUGCUUCCAGAACUUCCAACUGGAAGUGGCACGUGCGUAUUUGAACGAAACUUUCUAUCUUCCUCACAAUAUGGAUUUCCGCGGUAGAGCGUAUCCGCUUCCUCCCUAUCUCAACCAGAUGGGCGCCGAUAACGCACGUGGCCUUCUCCUCUUCAGCGAGGCCAAACAACUAGGACAAAAUGGCCUGAGGUGGUUGAAGGUCCAGAUUGCAAAUCUUUCUGGAUUUGACAAAGCUAGCCUCUCCGAGCGUGAACAGUUUGCUAUGGAUCACCUGGACGAUGUGCUUGAUUCCGCUAACAACGGCCUCCAUGGCCGGCGUUGGUGGCUGAAAGCCGAAGAUCCCUGGCAAUGCCUGGCUGCCUGCUGUGAGCUCCGAAAUGCCCUCCAGCUUCCGAACCCCGCCGAAUAUGCGUCACGUUUGCCCAUUCACCAGGAUGGCUCUUGCAACGGCCUACAGCAUUAUGCUGCCCUCGGUGGUGACAAAAUCGGUGCACAGCAGGUCAACCUUGAGCCCUCCGAUCGCCCAUCAGAUGUAUAUUCCGGUGUUGCGGAAUUCGUCAAAGAAACUGUUGCCCGAGAAGCGGCACAGGGCAACGCUACUGCGAAGAUGCUGGAUGGAAGGAUUACUCGCAAGGUUGUCAAACAGACAGUCAUGACCAACGUUUACGGUGUUACUUUUAUCGGUGCCAUGAAGCAAGUUCAAAAACAGCUGGUGGAUCACUACCCCGACCUUUCUAGUGAGCAAAAGAGGAUCGGCGCCUUGUACAUUGCUAGGAAGAUUUUCGAAGCCCUUGGCACAAUGUUCAACGGAGCCCAUGACAUCCAAUACUGGCUCGGCGACUGUGCCAGCCGCAUUACGCAGUCCAUUCCUCCGGAACAAAUCGAAGCCAUAGCCAAACAGCUUAUGACCCCGAAUAGGCGCGGCAGCAAGGCCCUCAGCACGACGGAGCAAAAUAACCCGAACUCUCACUUCCGCUCAACAGUUAUCUGGACAACGCCUCUGGGUCUGCCCGUUGUGCAGCCGUAUCGGUCUCGGGUAUCACGCCGUGUCAACACAUUUUUCCAGGGUCUGAACAUUGUUGAACGCGACUCCAACUUUGUUGUUUCCAAGCGGAAGCAGCUGCAGGCAUUCCCUCCCAACUUUAUCCAUUCGCUUGAUGCCACCCAUAUGAUGUUGUCCGCCUCUGCCUGUCACCAAUCUGGUCUUACAUUCUCCGCCGUGCACGACUCGUUCUGGACCCACGCCUCUGAUGUCGACUCGAUGAACCAGAUUCUCCGUGAGGCAUUUGUCAAGAUGCACUCUGAUGAUGUGAUCAAGAGGCUGUCAUCCGAAUUCAACGUGCGAUAUGGCCGCAACAUGUUUUACGCAAAGGUGCCGGCGGUAAGCAAAGUCGGGAAAGCGGUUGCUGCCUUCCGAAAGAGAAACAAGAAGAGAAACUCAAGAAUGCAUGAGCUUUUUGACGAGCACAAGCGGCAGAAAUUGCUGAACUCGGACGACCCUGAACUACAGGCCCAAGGUCGUGCGAUGGAGACAGCGGCGAGUGUUUUCGAACAAGUUGGUGGAACAGACAGUGAUCUAUCCAUCCACAACUCUCUCGGUGAAACAGCUGUUGGACACGUCCCCGAGGAUGUGGAGGCUGCGGAGAAGAAACUCGCGGGCCUAGAGACCGACGGAUCGGACCCGGCGAUCGCCAGUCUUCUCGGGAACGAUUUCCACGGAGACUUGGAGUCGAAGGUCGACGUGGCGGAGGAAGGGGCCGAAGCGGAGGAGGGAGUGAAAGCGGAAGCGCCCAAGAAAAAGAAGUCGCGCCAGGCUCAGCACGUUUGGCUGUGGAUGCCCCUUCGGUUCCGCGAGGUGCCGAAGAAGGGCGAGUGGGAUCUGUCGCGGAUCCGCGAGAGCAAAUAUUUCUUCUCUUAA